AUGUCAUCAUCUUCUGAACCAUCUGAAACAGUUAUUAUUACCGGUGGGACCGGAUACAUUGGCCAACAUAUAAUUGCCGAAUUAUUACACCAAGGGUAUAAAGUUAUCGCCAUUGUUCGUUCACAACCACGAGGAAUGGAAUUGAUUAAACAAUUUCAUCAUCCAAAUUUACAAAUUGAGGCGGUUGAUCAGUUGGAUAAGCCCAAUUCUAUUGAUUUCGUAUUGAGACAACAUCAAGAAGCCACGACUUUCAUUGCUGGUGCCGCGGUGACUGAUUUCACUGCCAAGGAAGUCGAAAAGGAGAUUAUACAAAAGACCAACGCUAUUGUUGAAAAUACCUUGGAAUCGAUUAAACAUCAUGGUAAGCAGAUUAAACGAGUUAUAUUGACUUCAUCAUCAGGAACACAUAUUGGACCGGAAAAGGUAUUUAGUUAUGAUGCACAAUAUGGCGAUGAUGAUUGGAGUCCAUUACCUUAUGAGGCUGGAUUUGCCAAUGCACAAAUGGCAUACAUGGUGGCCAAAAAGACUAGUGAAGAAUUGGCAUGGAAGUUUGUUAAGGACCACAAGACCAAUUUUGAUUUGGUUUCAAUCAACCCUGGGAUGACCCUUGGACCAGUACAAUUUGCCAAUGAAAUAAGUUUAGACAAUGGUGGUUAUUUACCAACAACAACCAACAUCAUUGCCAAUUUACUCAAGUUGAAAAAGGACGAUGAAGUUGCUCCAUUAGCUGCUGGUGCCGUUGAUGUAAGAGACGUGGCAAAAGCACAUGUAUCAGUGAUUAAAACCCCCAAAGCCAGUGGACAGAGGAUUCUUGUUGAAGCGUAUAAAUUCACCAAUGCUAAUGCUGUCAAUAUCUUGAAACUGCAUUUCCCUCAAUUGAAGGAUAAGUUGCCUGAUGUCGAACCAAUUUCUGAAUCCAAAUUUGUUGAACCCAAUUUGAAAAGGAGUAAAGAGAUUUUGGCAUUUGACAAGUAUUAUACUUUGACUGAUUCUGUCGUUGGCUUGGCUAAACAAUUGUUGAAGGAGUAG